AUGAAUAAAUGCAAUUCUUCAAGACUCAGAAAGCCUUCGGUUUCUGGAAUCGGGCAGGCCAACCGGAGUGAUGUUGUAUUUUCGAGGGUGGCCCUCAACUAUAAGGACAGUCAGAGCUCGCUUAAACUGGACCACCUGUCAGUGAAAAGCAAGAGCACCCGUUCCUUGAUGAAUGGGACAUGUUCGCAUUUCACGGAAAGGGACCUGCGGAAGUUACAUGGCUCCCUUGUUGCUCGAAGGAGUCGCACAUUCAGAUAUAAAGAAGAAGAAAACGAACGUGGGGCUCGCCAGUUCCUCAAGCAGUUCUGUCAUGAGGAGGAACUGACCUGCGGGAAGGUUGAAUUUCAUCAUGUCCAUGUCUUUGAUACAAGGGCUUGUGUUUCUGGGGAGGGCAGAGGAACUGUGGUACACUUAAUUGGGGAAUAA